CUACCUAGCUGACUCUGACUCUGAGUCUCUCUGCUUCGUGUUCUCCUAGGAAGGUCCUUCCUGAUUCCGGUCUUUUUUGAUGCGCAAGGUGCACGAAGAUGUUCUUGGUGCAUGCGCUGAAGCAGUUUAGCAGCAUUGAAGUGGAAUCUGUCCGGAGCUGGUUGUGCCAGGCCGCCCGGAGCUGCACCAUCAUAGAGCAGCAGGAGCAGAUCCUCUCGUCUCUGACCAAAAAUGUGGAUCAAAACUUCGAUACAACAAGCGGUUGUAUCGACGUGCUCCGAAAAAGACAUAGCAAUGCUGCGCCCAUUAGCCCCACCACAGAGAAAGCACACCACCCUUGUCCUUCCACUCUAACUUGCAACUUUCUUGAUUACCGGUCACUUCGAUCCUGGGGGAAUCAACAGGGGCCAAAUGAUGGAAGUCUACCUCUCACUUCUAGACUCCAGCGAGUGGCUUGGAGAAGCCCGAGCUGCUGUGCCCUUGGAGAUACUUUGACCUCUCUAGAAACAUCGAGUCUGAUCGCUCCUGGGAACAGGCCAGGGAUAGCUGGCAUUGUGGCAAGCAGCUUGUCCCCAACUAUUUACUCAAGGAUCAGACACCUGUCCACAGCCACCACGCCCUCAGGACAAGAAGCAAAGCGAGCGAAGCACUCGGUGGCGCUGUGGGGCAAUGCAGACUUUGGGCGCUUGGGGCAUGGCAAUCAAAGGGCAACUGAGGAGCCAGCAAUCUGUGAAGCACUGGAGGACUAUUCCAUAAAACAAGUGGCCUGCGGUGGUGCGCACUCAGUAGUCCUGACAGAUGGCGGUGAGGUGUUUACCAUGGGCCUCAACGAAAGGGGCCAGCUGGGGACAGGGGAAAAAGAUUCAUCCAAGAAUGUGCCCACCAGAGUCGAUGGUUUUGAUCCGGCCAUAGUCCAGGUGUCGGCAGGCCACCAUCACACAGUGUGCAUCGAUGCUGACGGCGGAGUUUGGAGCUUUGGGGACAACACGAGUGGCCAGCUUGGGCUUGGCGACUCCUCCGAAAGAACGCAGUGGAUGCCUGCAAAAGUUGGGGGACUAGGAGAGGCAAAGGUCAUCCAAGCAGCAUGCGGAGCGGAGCACACGCUAGCGCUUACAGAUUCUGGCGAGGUUUUGAGCUGGGGCUCUCGGGCGAACGGGCGACUGGGGCAUGGCCAGGAGACGCACCUGCUGAAACAGUGGAAGGGCAGUGAAUCGGCGCCGCGCUUGUUGCGGUCUCUCAAGGGCAAGGCGAUCCAGAGCGUCAGUGCUGGGCACAUGCACAGCGCCUGCAUCGAUGAGAACGGUGUCCUCUUCUCGUGGGGGCAUGGCAGGUUCUGGCAGCUAGGCACGGGCUUCGAACAGGACGUGCACAUUCCAGCCGCCGUUCCGGUCGUUUUCCGAACGGCGGGGGUCGCCGGCGGUGGCGCGCACACCGCCGCUGUCAGCAGCAACGGGGAUGUGUUCGUGUGGGGGGCUAACCAGGAGGGCUGCCUGGGGCUCGGCGAGGAGAUGCACGCGUUCAGCCGCGAGCCCGCGCGCGUGGAUGCGCUUCAGUUGCACAGCGUGGCGCAGGUCGCGUGCGGCUGGAAGCACACCGCGGCGCGCACCGAGGGGGGGCUUCUCUUCACCUGGGGCUCGUCUGUCACGAAGUCGAGCUCCCGGUCUGAAGAAUAG